UGCUGGCGGGCAGAGCCGGGGGCGGGGGACGUGGCGUUCACCUGCCCCGGGCCGCGGAGCCGCGGGGCGGAGCACGGCGCUGGGCGAGCAGGAGGAGACAUGGCGGAGGCCGCGGGCAGGAGCGGCGGGCGCCGGCGCCCCGCAGCAACUGAAGGUUCUGAAACCCAAGAUAAGAAAGUCACUUCAGGACAAAGCAACACUGGAACUAAACCAGAUCAUCCAACAGUACUAAAGGUUGAUGACAGGCAACGUCUUGCCAGAGAACGGAGAGAAGAGCGAGAAAAACAGCUAGCUGCAAGAGAAUCUGUCUGGCUAGAACGAGAAGAGAGAGCACGGCAACAUUAUGAAAAACACCUAGAGGAACGCAGAAAGAAGCUAGAAGAGCAGAGACUAAAGGAAGAAAGAAGGCGAGCUGCCGUAGAGGAAAAGCGAAGGCAGAAACUAGAGGAAGAUAAGGAACGACAUGAAGCUGUUGUACGUCGCACAAUUGAAAGAAGCCAGAAGCCAAAACAAAGGCAAAACAGGUGGUCCUGGGGAGGAGCACUACACAACCGCAUUAAUAACACAGAUCGAGACAGGCGGUCUGUUUCAACAAUGAACCUUUCGAAACAUGUUGAUCCAGUCAUAAACAAGCGGCUCUCCUCUUCAUCUGCAACAUUACUAAAUUCUCCAGACAGAGCUCGCCGUCUCCAGCUCAGUCCAUGGGAGAGCAGCAUCGUUAGCAGGCUCCUGACGCCCACACACUCAUUCCUGGCUCGGAGUAAAAGCACAGCUGCAUUGUCUGGAGAUGCAGCAUCUUGCAGCCCCCUCAGUCCUCUGUCCUACAAGGCCAUGAGCUGUAGGAAUUCAGGAGAACGAGCAAAACUUUAUGCUUCUACUGAUGCCGUUGGACGUCGGCGAACAACGCACCUUGCAGGGACUGACAAAAGAGAAAAGGACCAUUUGUCAUCCAGCUUCUCAGCCAACUUUAAAGGAGGUCAUUUUACUUCCAGCCUCAAAGCUAGAUCAUCAGCUCCCUCUCCAGUUUGGCAUGCAUCAAAGUCUUUGCCUUUUUUGCCUGGGACACCCAAGCAGGUAACUUCCCCACCUGGUUCCUCCAAAGUUUCCUCUGCUCAGACACGUCCUCCCUCUCCUGGCAACAUCCGGCCAGUCAAAAAAGAAAUCAAACCAGAGGGUGAGAAGAAAAGACCAGAAAAGGAGGCUGAAAAGGCCAAUGAGGCAAGGACAGAAGAGAGUAAAGGAGCUUCAGCAGGUGCUGGAGAACCCACAAGUCAGGAACAGCUCACUGUCCAAGCAGAGCUAACUCAAGCAGCCAGCCCAUCCCUACCUCCUGCUCCACCAGCUCUUUCUCCAGCUCCAGCACUGCCCAAGCCCUCUGCAGGUACAACUGACCCUGAAGAAGCAACAAGGCUGCUGACUGAAAAGAGGCGCCUUGCUCGUGAGCAGCGGGAACGGGAGGAGCAGGAAAGGAGGGAAAGAGAAGAGCUUGAAAGACAAAAGAAAGAAGAGUUGUCCCAGAGGAUAGCUGAAGAAAGAGCUCGCCGCGAAGAGGAGGAAGCUCGCAGACAAGAAGCAGAAAAACAAAGGAAGGAUGCAGAGGAGCGGGAAAAGGAGGAACGGCUGCGCCGCCAGGCAGAAGAGAGAGAGCAGAAGGAGAAAGAAGAGAUGGAGCGCAUUCAGAAACAAAAAGAAGAGGAAGCUCGCCUGCGGGAAGAGGCCGAGAGGAUUCGAUUAGAACGUGAAAAGCAUUUCCAAAGAGAAGAGCAAGAACGCUUGGAAAGGAAGAAGAGGCUUGAGGAGAUCAUGAGGAGAACUAGGCGUGUAGAAGCUGUAGAUAAGAAAUCCAAUGACCAGCAAAAUGGACAUAUAUCAAAGGCAAAUAUUACUGGAGAAGCAGGUAUUGUGUUUAACUGUGCCCUGACCACAACAGUUGCAGCCAGUCCUGCAUCUCCAUCGGAGCCUGCAGCAGGGCCUCAGCUCCAGCAUGCAGCACUGCCACCUCCGCACAACGGGACUCCGGCCGCCUGCACCCGCGUGGUGCUGCCGCAGCAGCCCCCUGGAAACGUGGACAGCAAUCUCAAUCCAGAGAAAAACACAAAUGAAAAUGGAAUGUCUAUGCAGAAUGAUAACUUUGAAGAGAUCAUGAACCUGCCUCUUGGUUCUAAACCAUCCCGGCUGGAUGCUAUGAACAAUGAUGGAAGCAAUAGUCCCGAAAUUCCUUUGAAUCCAAUUCUAGCCUUUGAAGAUAAGGGGACUCUUUUGCCUCAGGUAGAUAGUGUUCAAACACAUCAAACAGCAGAAGUGAUCUGAUUGUUUCUUCUGAAGAACCAAAGGUGAUAUGAGCGUCUCUGCAGUCAGUGGAGUUUCUUCCAUGCAAUGAAGGAGUGUUUUAUUUUUCUCUCCAGUUUUUUAAAGAUUUCUUGAAUACCUUUUUUGGAAGGACUUUAGUAAAACCAGCAGAAGAAAUGAGGGGAAUAGACUUGGAUCACCAUUCUAAUAGCUUUCAUCACUAGAAAAAUCAUGCUUCACAUGCGUUACUUAAUAUGGCUAUUUCCAACAAGCUUUUUUGUUAGUAAAUGAAUAUUUCUUAAGACACAAGACACUGGAAUCUGAAAGUAACGGGCUGAUUUGGGUGGUGGGACUGAUUCUUUUUUGUUUUUAAAAAAGGUGGGUGUUGGUUUAAAAGGCAUAAUUGUAAAAUUGGCAAAGAAUCUUUUACACUUUGUGGUUCUAAUACUUGAAAAAUAAAUGCCUCAUUGCUCUACAAGUAGAGUUAAUGAGGUGUUUUAUUUAAACCUGUUGGUUUAAAUGUUAUUGCAGAGAACUCUAAUUAUGGGGGCAAACUAUAGGCUUCUGUAUCAGGUUCUUGUAAAUGUAAUUCCUACAGGGACAUUCUGUAAAUUGAGACAUCACUAUGAUUUUCUCACGUUUUCUCUAAAAACACAAAACAAGACAGGUUUUAAAAUGUGAAAAUUUGAAAGCGUUAUUUUUUCAUGGACAAGAGUAAAAACUAUUGUUCUCCUAGAUUAUGUAUUUAUGAAUUUUGCUCAGUACAGAAAGAAAUCAUUUAAUUGAAUAAAUUAGACAAAUGUGGUAAAACAGAUACUGCAAACUUGAUUUUUUUUUAGUUACAUCCAAUUUCACAAUACUAUAAAAGACGUGUAUGCAUAUGUGCACACACAUACAGUGAAAUACCUUGUUCUGAGUCCUGUAAAUUGCUGCUGUUCCCAAUGAUGGAAGACUUUUCCUUUGCCUUAUCAGACUAUUGAAGACUGUGUGAAACCUGGGAUAUUUGAGUUUUGGAUGAUGAUGCAGGUUUGGGGAAUUUCGGGGUUUGCUCGUUUCAGAGCAAAUGGAAAAUGGUCAUUUUGCUUUUUUAUGUAGUGUGUGGUUUUUAUAAAGCAGUGCAGUUUGAGUGAUAAGAGGAGCGAUGCAGGUUGCUUUCUCUUUAGUUUGAUGCUGAUUUCUACUGUCAUUCAUUGUUCCAUCCCACACUUUUGGUUGCUGUUGUGCAGAACUGUAAAAUCUUGCACGUUUUUGUGCUUUGCUAAACAAUGCUGUUGGAGGCAGAGCUUGCUCUGGGUGUUUGAGUUUGAAGCAUCGCCGAAGGCUUGAGGCAUUGCUGUCUGAAUCCCUGAGAAGAUCCUUGGGUAGGGGAAAUGGAGGUUUAUGGGCUCUCAGCUCCUGCUAACAGAGACUGUACCAUUAAGAUUCCUGCACUUGCCUUUAGUGUGUACUGAGCAAGGCCUCUAGGAAGCUGUGCAGAAAGUCUGUGCUAGCAGAAGAAAUCCUCUGAGAUAAGAGCCGAAGAAUUUUUGAAGAAAUUUCUGCUGCUGCCAAGUGUUCAUCUUAUAGAGGAGAUGGGAUAAAAGCAAUGGAAAUAAAAUGAAAGAGACUUCAUCUGCCAGAAUAUUUAUGGAAAGGAAAAAACAGCCAUCCAGUCAGAGUGCUUUCAAUAGUAACUUGUGACACAGUAAAAUGAAUUGGGUUCCUUUCUUGCUUUCUUUAGUUUUCCAUGUACAUAGCCACAAUAUUUUGAAGUGUCCAAAAUAUGUAGUUUUUCUUUAAAACUAUAUAUAGCAUGUAAGUACCAAAUAAAACUUGUUUGAAAUAUU